AACAAUUAAUUUUGUAUCGAUUGGCAGCAUUGCGAGAAAUAAAUAUGGAGUUGAUUUGCGAUUUUUGACGAUGAUUUCAUUCUUGAACAGGCGAGUGUUUCGAUUGAACACAAGGUUUUAAAAGUAAAAUACAGUGCGUACAUUUUAUUGUGAAUAUUAAUUAGUGUUUAAAAACGUUAAAUUACAAGUGCAAUACGCGUGACAAGUGAUAUACUGUGAAAUAGUGACGAAAUAUAGAGAUCAGCUGAGAGUGUGAAUUUUGGCUGUUUAUUUGUGUUUUUUCGUAUUUAUUUCAACUAAAGUGGAAAAUAGACUGACAAACUGGAGCGACUACCUGAAUAUCUUCGCGAUACCGUCGACUGGUUUAUUGGUAAAGCUAGACGUAAAGAAAAAGAAGGAGCCGAGACAAAUGCGGGGGGCGACAAUAAAUUGUACUUAGAGGCGCAAGUCCUCGAAAGAAAAUUACCAGAAACAGACAUGAGGUUGUUGGUAGAUUUGCCAGCAGGUUUAGACUACAAUGAAUGGCUAGCAUCGCACACUAUGGCCCUAUUUGAUCAUGUCAACUUAGUAUAUGGAACUGUUAGUGAAUUUUGUACUCCCUCCGGAUGUCCAGAUAUGACCGGCCCUGGUCAAAAAAUAUAUUUAUGGUUUGACGAAAAAGGCAAGAAAACCAAAGUAGCCGCCCCUCAGUACAUAGAUUACGUGAUGACGUUUAUUCAGAAAACGAUUAGCGACGAAACUAUAUUUCCUACAAAAUACGCGAACGAGUUUCCCUCGUCGUUCGAGUCGAUAGUGCGCAAGAUAGUGCGCUUGCUGUUCCACGUGGUGGCGCACCUGUACGCCGCUCACUUCAAGGAAGUCGCGCUGCUGGGACUCCACACGCACCUCAACCUGACGUUCGCGCAUCUCACCGCGCUCCACCACCGCUUCGCGCUGAUCGACGCCAAAGAAACAGAGGUGCUUCAAGACCUGGAAGUGGCGCUGCGAUUGACAGAAGACCCGACGGCAGAGGCGUCUUCGGAAGACGCAUGCGACGCCGCCUCUGAAGCGACAGAAACCGACUCCAGGACGCAUCUUCAAGACGAAGCAAGUAGCGACAAUAAAUCUUAAUUGAUAUGCGCAAAGAUUUACUUGAAUAGUGAUUAAAAAACAAAAACAAAAACGACGAUGACGAGCGAUGCCCCUCCUUAAUUUUUAUUAUCAUCAAAAAACUUACUUAUACCUUUAUAGCUUGCGCAUGUGAUUUACAAACAGAAAAAAGUAUUUUAAGUGCUUCAGUUUUAUUUAUUGAUUUUAUUGUUUUUCCUUCGAAUAUAACCGGGUUUUUUAUUUUAUUAUGAUAGUGUAGAACACUAGAUUUUUUCGACAGUUGUUUUGAUUUUUUUUCUGUGAUAUUUUAACCAGAAGUUUUAGGAUUUUUUGUUGUGCUUCUUUUAAUCGACGAUUUAGUGUUCCUUUCGACAGCAAAUAUACACUAUUAGAUGGUACUUAAAGAAAUCGCAAAUUGCUUAAAAAUAUUAUACUAAAUAGCCGAGCUAGAACUGCGGCAAUACCUACACUGAGUUUUAAGUAAUCCGUAUGUUUUUGUGCUCGAAAAUAUGCAGAUUACUUGGAAAAUAGCACAAAGAAUUUAAUUAAAUAAGAUUCUUACACUAUACCUACACGUUUUAUUUAUAUUUAUUGUAUUUACAAUGGAUGAUUUACUUAAAAUACCGCCUAGUUUUUAGGGUAUUUUUUUAAAACUAUUUUACACCCUUUGUUAUAGUGUUGACUUAUUUAGUGAAGUUACUAAGAUUAUAGAUGAGUCGGUAACUUUUUGUUCUUAAGGGUGGCAACCCUGUUGUGCACUAUACAGGGUGCAUCAAUGUGUAUUAUGAGUAUUUUGUUUUUAUUUGAAGAGCUACAGGGUUGGUUAAAUUAGAAAAAUACAAGCCUAUUAUACAUUUAUACAAAUUUUGAGUUUUAACCAUGAAUAAUUUCAAUAUGGCGGCCAUAGGAAAAACAAAAGAUGGUAAAUUGACCAACCUUGUAGCUCUUUCAAUAAAAAAAUGCCCAUAGAUAGGAUACUUGGGACACCCUGUAUUCUAUUAAUUGUGAUUUUAACGUAAAAAGAGAGAGAGUAAAUAAAAAAAGAGGCAUUACGUUUUUCUGUACAGUGUUGAUUGUUCCUGAAAGCUGAUUGUAUAUAUUAUAUUGUAUAAUGAAGUUUAGUUAAUUAUUUUUAGAAAUUCUGUAACGGCUAUUAGAUAUAGCAAUUGUUGAAGAAUUAUAAAUAAAAUCACAAAAUGUUACGAA